AUGGGGGACUUUAAUAUUUGCCUUCAAAACUGCGGUGUUAUGGAUAUGAAAUCACAAGGCGCGUCGAUGACUUGGUGUAAUGGUCAAAGCAGCUUGGCUCAUAGUUGGGUGUUAUCUCGUUCUACUUCUGAUCACUCUCCUUUAGUGAUUCAGAUGGGUGAAGACCCGUUUAGGUUAUCCUUUAAACUUAAAAGACUUAAGGUGGCGCUUAGGGAUUCGAAUCAACGUGUUUUUGGGAGGACAGAUGAGAUUAUCAAGAAUAUUGAGCAGCGUAUAGAUCAACUGGAUAAUAGCCUUCAGGAUUCUUAUUCUAUUGAGGAUGAUAAUGAUCUUUUGGCUGCUAAUUUGGAUCUCUUAACUUGGAGGGGUCGGGAAAAUAUUCUUCUGUCUCAUAUGGCUAAGAAAAGAUGGUUGAAAGAUGGGGAUAAUAAUUCAAAAUUUUUCCAUGCAUAUUUGAAUGCUAAAAAUCAAAAGAGGGUAACUGGCAUGUUCUUGCAGAUGGUUUUUUUUAAGUCCUGCUGGGAGAUUGUUAAAGCAGACCUUUUGGAGGCGGUUUCUGAGUUCUUUCAACAUCAAAUGCUCCCUAGAUAUUAUUCUGCAUCUUUUAUUGUUCUGAUUCCCAAGGUUGAUUCUCCUACGAGCUUUGAUAAGUUUAGGCCUAUCAGUUUGUGCUCUGUGGUUUAUAAGAUUUGUGUGAAGAUUGUGGUGGGCUGUCUCACGAAUGUGCUCCCAAAGCUGAUUUCCCAGGAGCAAGGGGCCUUUAUUCCUGGUCGUAGCAUUUUUGAAAAUAUUAGUCUUACGCAGGAAAUGGUCCACUCUAUUAAUAAAACCACUAAUGGGGGAAAUGUCUUGGUUAAGCUUGAUAUGUCCAAGGCUUAUGAUCGAGUGAAUUGGAGGUUUCUUAUUCAUGUUCUGGAUUCUUUUGGGUUUUCUUCUCAGUUUUGCGCUUUGAUAAACCUUUGUAUUUCCUCAACUUGGUAUUCUAUUAUGAUGAAUGGUACCUCUUUGGGUUUCUUUAAGGGCGAGCGUGGUCUGAGGCAGGGCGACCCGCUCUCUCCUUAUUUAUUUGUCAUUAUGCAAGAGACGCUAUCUCGGCUUCUUAAGAAUGCUUUUCAGAAUGGCAAGAUUGUCAGGUUUUCUCAAGCUAGAGGUACUCCCCUUAUUUCCCACCUUAUGUAUGCGGAUGAUAUUAUUAUUUUUGCUAAUGGUGGGAAGAAGUCUAUGAGAGGGUUGAUGGAGGUGCUUAAUCUUUAUGAGACCUGGACAGGUCAGAUUCUUAAUAAAAAUAAAAGCGCUAUUUUGUUUUCUAAAAAGAUAUCUGACCCAAGAAAGUCUUCUAUUAUUCGUAUGAUUGGUUUUUCAGAAGGAUCUUUUCCCUUUAAUUAUCUGGGUGUUCCUAUUGUGAUGGGUCGUCUAAAGGUUUGUGAUUUUGGGGAUCUGAUUGGUAGAUUUAAUAAGAAAGUUGCAGGGUGGAAAAUGAAACUACUCUCUACUGGGGGCCGUGUUAUUCUUUUACGUCAUGUUUUAUCGAGCAUGGCAACUCAUCUUAUGGUAGUUCUUCAUGUUCCCCAUGGUGUUUACGUGGCGCUUAACAGGAUUAUGAGUUCCUUUUUUUGGGGUGAUUUUGAAGGGAAAGGGAAGAGGAAGUGGGUGGCUUGGAAAUAUACUUGCCAGCCUACGGAGGAAGGCGGUUUGGGUAUUCGGGACUUUGAGGAGGUUCAAAGGGCCUUACAUAUGAAAUUCGCUUGGCAUCUUCUUCAGGGUCAUUCUUUAUGGGCAGAUUUCUUUAGAGGCAAGUAUGUGCAAGGUAGUCACUUAUCCCUUUUGAGCCCUACUAAAGGAACUAGGUUUUGGAAAGCUAUUGUGCAUUGCAUCCCGGAGGUUUUAAAUAAUUCUAAGUGGCUUUUGAAAGAAGGAAAUGUUUCUUUCUGGUAUGAUAAUUGGGCGGAUGGGGGUCCUAUUGGUGAUCAUUUUCCAGUUCUUGAGAGACCUUCGCUUCGAGUCAAAGAGUGUCAGAUUGAUAAUGGUUGGGAUAUUUCUCUCUUGGAACGAUUAGUGGGUCCACAAAAAGCUGAAGAUUUGUUUCAGUUUUUGGCUACUAGGAAGGAUGGUCUGGAUAUCCUUAUUUGGACGAGGGAUAAGAAUGGGAAGUUUAAUACUAGAAGUGCUUGGGACUGUAUCCGUGUGAGAGCUCCUUCGUUACCUUGGGCAAAUUGGAUUUGGCAUACUCAUAUUCCCAAGAAAAUUUCUAUUAUGAUGUGGAAGGCGUAUCACAAUUGUUUGAGUGUGGAUGAGAAGAUCAAGAAUAUUGGCAUUCCUGUUGUUUCUAAAUGUAAUUGUUGUGCCAGGGGUCACAUGGAGGAUUUAAACCACGUACUCUGCACUGGUGACUUUGCUAGAUGUAUUUGGAGGUUGGCGGCGACCCAUCUAGGUGUUCAUAUGGGUGUUUUCCAUACUUGGAAGGAGCAAAUUAAUUUUUGGUUUCAUCGUACUUGUAAGUCUUCUCAGUUAAGGUCUAUCUUUGGUAUUCUACCAUCCAUUGUUUCUUGGCGGCUUUGGGAUAGACAUUGCAAAGCUCGGGUUGAAGAUAAAGUGGAUUCAGUUCAGUCAGUUUGGCAUGUUAUCAAAUUGUGGAUUCGAAGGAUUAUGUCUUUAUUUAUGAAAGUCUCUAGGAUUUCUGCACAUGAUGAGGCUAUUCUGAAAAGGUUGGAGAUCUCAAUUGUAUAUCCUAAGCCCAGGCAUACUCGUGUGAUUAGAUGGAAGCGGCCACCACAAGAUUGGAUGAAACUUAACUCGGAUGGUAGUAGUUUAGGGAAUCCAGGGCCGGCUGGUGCUGGGGGGGUUAUUCGUGACAGCCUUGGUAGGUUGCAUACUGCUUACUCGGUUUUCUUGGGUCAGGGGUCUAAUAAUUUUGCUGAGUUGCGAAGUUUGUUGGAAGGGGUUCGGAGGUGCCAUCAGCUUAGCUUUCGUCGGGUUGAGAUUGAGGUUGAUUCCCAAUUGCUGGUUUGCUGGUGUACUAAGGGUGAAUGUAAUAUUUGGUACCUAGAAGAUUUUUGGGAGGAAUUGUGGGGUCUCUUGGGCGGUAUGGAGUUUUGCAUGCACCAUGUUUUUCGUGAAGGUAAUGUAGUCGCCAAUUUUCUAGCCAAAAUGGGAGCUGGGAGUUUAAAUAUGGAUUGGUCAGUUAAUGAUUCCUUACCCGAUCAGCUCUGUGGUCUGCUUCGUAUGGACAGAAUUGGUGCUUUGGAUUGGGCCCUGGUUUUUCUGUUGUUUACGUUUAGUUGGUUUGUUUUUUUUAGGCCUGUUAGAGUUGUUGAUGCAUUUGUUGAUUUUCUGGGUAUCCCUCGACUGCCCACUGCAUAUCCUAAUGUGGUGCCUAGAGAGUCUACACCUGCAGGCAAUGGGGAGACUGCAGAGGAAAAGGAUGUUGUGAUAACUGAUAAGAUCAAUGGCCUUGCUGAUCUUGAGGUUCACCAAUCAGUUGUGGGUCCAGAUGCUCCUAUCUAUGAUGGGAGCAAGAGCAUCAAACAGGUGGACUUAUCUAUGAACAUUAUAAUAGCCAACAACUUUGAUCCUCGAUUGUACAAGACUGAGGUGAGCAUGGAUCGGGCACGAUUUAUGUUACGGGUUGCUCGCAGGGUGCCUAUCGACCUAGCAAGAUAUAUAUUCGCUAGGAUUUGA